AUGGCCCCGCAGCCGCCACCUGCGGCCCCGUCGCCCUCCCCUAGCGGCCUUGUCACCGCUCAGCCGCCCAGCGACCAAGCCACCGAGCAGCCCAGCAGCCAAGCCCCCCUGCCGCCGAGCCGCCGAGCAGCCGAGCCGCCCUACCGCCGAGCCGCCCAGCAGCCGAGCCGCCCAGUAGCCGAGCCGCCCUGCCGCCGAGCCGCCCAGCAGCCGAGCCGCCCUGCCGCCGAGCCGCCGAGCCGCCCAGCAGCCGAGCCGCCCUGCCACCGAGCCGCCGAGCCGCCGAGCCGCCCUACUAUCGAGCCGCUGCUGUUCCUACCGGUACUCCCCGGCCCUCCUUCCUCGGACUGGGACCACUUCCUCUCAGUUUGCCCCACCACUCUCACCGUUGACCUCCUCGAGAAGGGCCUCCUAGCAGCGGAGAAGAGCAUAGUCACUGUAGGAGCCUCUCGUGUGCUGCGGCCGACCUUGUUGGUUUCGAGUCGGUCGGCGCUGCGUCUGCCCCUAGCGGGAGACGCCGCACCGGCAAGGGCAAGGGGGGCAAGGGCGCUGGAGGGGCUGGCGGGGGUGGUGGAGGUGGUGGUGGAAGCAGUGGAGGGGGUGGGGGUGGUGGUGGGAGUGGUGGCGGGGGUGGAGGUGUUGGUGGCAGCAGUGGAGGCGGAGGAGGCGGCGGCGGAGGCGGAGGGAGCGGAGGCGGCGGAGGUGGUGGAGGCGGCGGAGGCAGCGGAGGUGGCGGAGGCGGCGGCGGCAGCAGUGGACCUGGUCGCAGCUCUGCGCAGAGGAGUGGCUCCGGUGGAGCGCGGUGGGGGUAUGGGUCCCUGCACCUACGUUCUCCGCACCGGCGACCGCGCUGGUGAGCAGUGCGGGGGCCCGCACUCCACCCAGCGCUGCUUCGGCCGCCUGACGGACGCGUGGCGUCACCAGUUCCCUGACGCCUCUGAGAUCCCUCUCUGGGGAGAGUUGUCUAGGGCGGGGGAUGCUAUCUUUGAUCUUGACUUUGAUGCUAUUCUUGCUGCCAUGUAUGCUGCUGCUGAUAGUGUUGAGGGUGACUGUUACGUGUGUGUUCUGCCUGACCCGGGCAUUGAGACUGCUGCUCUAGGUGAUGGUGAGGCUGCUGCUCUAGGUGCUAGCGCGUCUGCUGCCCCAGGUGCUGGUGAGUCUGCCCUCUCAGGUACCACGUUGGCUCAGGCCUUACACACCUUCACCCUUGACUCGGGUGCUUCCCACUCCUUCUUUUGA